AACGAGGCUUUAAUGUCUCUUUUCCGCAAUACUGUGUGGUUUCUCAAUGGCAUUCAGCACUACACAAGAGAGGGAUAUGAGACUGCAUCAAGACAUUUUGAUCCACAUGAUUUGGACGUAUCAGUUGUGGGAAGAUCCUUUAUGAUCACAGGCGCCAACAGUGGUAUUGGGAGAGUGACUGCCAUGGCAAUAGCAAAGAAAGGUGGGACUGUACACAUGGUGUGCAGGGACCCAGAUAAAGCUGAGGAGGCCAGAGCUGAGAUCAUCAGGGAGUCUGGAAACUCAGAGGUGCAUGUCCACAUUGUAGACCUGUCAGAGACACGAAAAGUGUGGGAGUUUGCAGAAGUGUUUAGAAAGCAAUAUACAGCCCUAAAUGUUUUAAUAAACAAUGCAGGAUGUAUGUUGUACAAGAGAGAGCUGAAUGCUGAUGGACUGGAGAAGAGUUUUGCCACCAACACGAUGGCGGUGUACGUGCUCACUCGGACCCUCAUACCCCUUCUACAGAAGAGCAGGGAUCCAAGGGUGAUCACGGUGUCCUCAGGCGGUAUGCUUGUUCAAAAACUCAAAACUGAUGACUUGCAGUCAGAGAACCGUUACUUUGAUGGAGUAAUGGUCUAUGCCCAAAAUAAGAGACAGCAGGUGGUGCUAACAAGGCAGUGGGCCAAAGCUCACCCUGCCAUACACUUCUCUGUGAUGCAUCCUGGCUGGGUGGAUACUCCAGCCGUGUCUACUUCAAUGCCGAAGUUUCACAAGAUGAUGGAGGGGAGGCUGCGCACUGUGGAGCAGGGAGCUGACACUGUAGUUUGGCUGGCUUUGUGUCGAGCUACUUCAAGAACUCGUAGUGGGUUGUUCUUUCAAGAUCGUAUACCCGUCCCUGUACACUUGCCUGUGGCUUGGACUCACAGCUCUUCUGAGGAUAUUCAGUGUUUCAUGGGACAAUUGGAAGCACUGGCCAACGCCAUACAAUCAAAAAGACCAGAUGUACUCCCGAAUUCCACUGAUUUUACCAAUCCUCAAUUUGUUUGAAUU